AUGAAACGACCGAGCACCCAGAAGAUCGAAACCAUCCAAGUACAUGUCUACUCCACCGCAGGCAACCUCGUAGCCGACCUCCACCUAGACGAAGCCAUAACGGUGCGACAGCUCAAAACCAGACUAGCUCCAGACCUGGGAGUCUGCCGAUUCCGACAGAAAAUCCUCCAGGACACACGCCUCCUCGAGGACCAGGACAGGAUCCGAAAAUCCUCCCGCCUGCAGGUCGUGCUAUUGAACUACAUCCCCACUUCCACGGAAAACAUCCGUCAGCUCAUUGAUGCCAGCUUCGAAGAUUCCGAAUCCGAAGUGGAAGAACUCCUGUGCAAACCACAGGACGUCAACGCGUCCAUGCCCGGCGGAACCAAAGUCAACACCGCAAACGGGGCAAUCACCGCUCUCCAAGCAGCCGCAAGUGCAGAUAACACGAACAUCCUGGAACUCCUCUUCCAAGCCCAUGCAGACGUGAACCGCCACGGCAACGAUCGGGCACUCUGGCACGCAGCAACGCAAGACGCACAGGAAGCCGCACGCAUGUUGCUGCAACACCGAGCAGACCCGGACGCAACAGACCUUCGUGGACGCAGCGCCCUACUCGAAGCAGUUGCUGGCGGCAACCACACCCUCACACAAAUGGUGCUAGAGGCAAGAGCCGACCCGAAUCAGUGCAACGUCCAAGGCCGGACGCCCUUCAGCGUCGCCUGCCACAAUAACGACGAAGAAAUUGCAAGCACCCUUCUGCUAGCGCGCUCCGACGUACACGAACCCCGCAACGAGUACGACUACCAGACAACCGCUCUCUGCGCAUGCGCCAGCGCCAACUACAUUUCCGGCCUUAAACUUUUGCUCAGCUCAUCAGUCCACGUAGACAGCCAGUUAGAGGCCACGGCGCUCUGGCACGCAGCUUGGCACGGGAGAACCGAAGCUGUAGAAUUCCUGCUGGAACAGAAAGCCGACAUCGGGAAACAUGCCUUACACGGGGGAACGGCUCUUUGCGCAGCAGCCUUCAAGGGUCACGACUCGAUCCUCCACAAGCUCCUUUCAAACCUCUGCGAGCUCCAAUCGGAAGCAGCUGUGCGACUCCUUCCAGAACCGCUGCAACUGGCAAUGUGGAGCGACAACCCCCACACAGUGAAGCUCUUGCUCGAUGCGAGGACAAACGCAAGCGGCGUCAGGAGCAACGCAUCUCGCAAGAGAAUCCACCAGCUAGAUGGGUAUCCGUGGGCCUUGGAGAUGCUGAUGCCCGCCCUGGAAACACUCCGUCUCUACCAAUAUCUCCACGAACGCCAAGCACAGACGCAGGCUGCAACUGCAAGCAGAGAUCUCUCAGAGCAACAACAGGAACCAUAA